ACUGCGGCCCUAACGAGUGGGUCCAGUCCCUCCCGGAUAUCGACCGUAAGACGAGCGGUCGUUCGGGAAAGAGAGGGUGGCCACAGCUACAGCGCCUGCCCCUGUCCCCUCGGCCUCCCCCUGCGAAGCGCCCGCCCCGUCCCUGGGUGUGUGUGUGUGUGUCAGCGCGCGAGUCAGGGAUUCUAGGAGCAGCGGGCUUGGGCUGCGGGGGCAGGGAGGGAGAAGAUCUGCCGCUACGGCUACUACCGCUACCUCCGCUGCCGCCACUGCCUCCUCCCUCCUCUGUACCCUGGGUGGGCUGGGCCAGCUCUCCUGGUGCCCUUCGCAGCCUCCCUCUGCGUCCUUCAGAGCUGCCCCCCGCCCCCCUGCCACCCGCAGCCCCGCCUCCCCCUGCUUCCCUCCCGCUGUGUGCCGGUGGCUGCACGUAUCCCUGGCUCCCUGGAUAACUUAUUCGUUUUUGAAGUGAUUCUCUUCAAAUCAUUUGGAAGCCAAAAUGAGUCUCAGUAAGCAGGUUCGAAUAUUACUUUUAAACGACAUGGAAAAGCUAGAAAAGACUCUCUUCAGGCUGGAACAAGGCUUUGAACUACAGUUUCGCUUAGGCCCAACUUUACAAGGGAAGACAGUUACUGUCUACACAAAUUAUCCACUUCCUGGAGAAGAGUUUAGUCGACAAAAAUUCCGACCUCUUUCUUGGGAAAAUCCAACAGAAAGAGAAGAUGAUUCUGACAAAUAUUGUAAACUUAAUCUUCAAAAAGCUGGAUCAUUUCAAUAUUAUUUUAAUCAGGAAAAUGAGAAAAGUGGUGGAGGUUAUAUAGUUGUGGACCCUAUUCUACAUAUUGGAACUGAUAAUCAAGAAUUACACUUGGACUGUGUUACUCUCCAGACAUAUCUAGCCAAGUGUUUGGGACCUUUUGAUGAAUGGGAAAGCAGACUUAGAGUUGCAAAAGAAUCAGGUUACAACAUGAUUCAUUUUACUCCACUUCAGACUUUGGGACUAUCUAGGUCAUGUUAUUCAUUGGCUAAUCAGCUGGAACUAAAUCCUGACUUUUCUAAACCUAACAAGCAGUAUACUUGGAGUGAUGUCGGACAACUAGUAGAAAAAAUGAAAAAAGAGUGGAAUGUUCUUUGCAUUACUGAUGUUGUCUACAACCAUACUGCUACUAAUAGUAAAUGGAUCCAGGAGCAUCCAGAAUGUGCAUACAACCUAGUGAAUUCUCCACAUCUGAAGCCAGCUUGGGUCCUGGACAGGGCACUUUGGCAUUUAGCAUGUGAUGUUUCAGAAGGAAAAUACCAAGAAAAAGGACUACCUGCUUUGAUUGAAAAUGACCAGCAAAUGAAUUGUAUUCGAAAAAUAGUUUGGGAGGAUAUUUAUCCAAAGAUUCAGCUCUGGGAAUUUUUUCAAGUGGAUGUUAGCAAAUCAGUGCAACAAUUUAGAGCCCUUCUUACACAAGAAAACAGGAAAACGAUAACAAAAUCUGACCCAAAGCAGCUUCUUAAGAUUAUUCAGGACCCUGAAUACAAACGACUUGGUUGUACUAUAGAUAUGAACAUUGCUUUAGCUACUUUCAUACCACAUAACAGUGGACCAGCUGCAAUUGAUGAAUGCUGCAACUGGUUCCGUAAGAGAAUUGAGGAAUUAAAUGCAGAGAAGCUUCGUCAAAUGAACUACCAUCAAGAGCAGGCUGUUAAUUGUAUUUUGGGAAAUGUGUUUUAUGAACGACUGGCUGGCCAUGGCCCUAAACUUGGUCCUGUUACUAGAAAACAUCCUUUAGUUACCAGAUACUUUACUUUCCCAUUUGGAGAAAUGACACUUGCAGAAGAAGAAACAUUGAUUAAUCGUCCAGAUAAAAGUUGUUUCUUCAUGGCACAUAAUGGCUGGGUAAUGGGCGACGAUCCUCUUCGAAAUUUUGCUGAACCAGGUUCAGAAGUUUAUCUGAGGAGAGAGCUCAUUUGCUGGGGUGACAGUGUUAAGUUACGCUACGGAAAUAAACCAGAAGACUGUCCAUACCUUUGGGCUCACAUGAAAAAAUAUACUGAAAUAACUGCCACUUAUUUUCAAGGUGUACGUCUUGAUAACUGCCACUCAACACCUCUUCAUGUAGCUGAGUAUAUGCUUGAUGCUGCUAGGAAAUUACAGCCCAAUUUGUAUGUAGUGGCUGAGCUGUUCACGGGAAGUGAGGAGCUGGACAAUAUCUUUGUGACUAGACUGGGCAUUAGCUCCUUAAUAAGAGAGGCAAUGAGUGCUUAUAAUAGUCAUGAAGAGGGCCGACUAGUUUACCGAUAUGGAGGAGAACCUGUUGGAUCCUUUGUUCAACCAUGUUUGAGACCUUUAAUGCCGGCUAUUGCACAUGCUCUAUUCAUGGAUAUUACACAUGAUAAUGAGUGUCCUAUUGUGCAUCGGUCAGCAUAUGAUGCUCUCCCAAGCUCCACAAUUGUUUCCAUGGCUUGUUGUGCUAGUGGAAGUACUAGAGGCUAUGAUGAGUUAAUACCUCAUCAGAUUUCUGUAGUGUCUGAAGAACGGUUCUAUACUAGAUGGAAUCCUGGAGCAUCUCCAUCAAAUGCAAGUGAAGUUAACCUACAAAGUGGAAUUAUUGCUGCAAGAAGGGCCAUUAACAAAUUACACCAAGAACUUGGAGCUAAAGGUUUUAUUCAGGUGUAUGUUGACCAAGUUGAUGAAGACAUAGUAGCCGUAACAAGACAUUCACCUAGUAUCCAUCAGUCUGUAGUAGCUGUGUCUCGAACUGCAUUUAGGAAUCCUAAGACAUCCUUUUACAGUAAAGAAGUUCCUCAAAUGUGCAUCCCAGGCAAAAUUGAAGAAGUAGUUCUUGAAGCUAGAACUGUUGAAAGAAAUACAAGCCCUUAUAGGAAAGAUGAGAAUUCAAUCAAUGGAAUACCAACAAUCACAGUAGAGUUUAAAGAACAUAUCCAGCUUAAUGAAAGUAAAAUUGUGAAACAAGCUGGAGUUGCCAAAAAAGGUCCUAAUGAAUACGUUCAAGAAAUAGAAUUUGAGAACUUAACUCCAGGAAGUGUUAUUGUAUUUAGAGUGAGUCUUGAUCCACAUGCACAAGUAGCUGUUGGCAUUCUUCGAAGUCAUUUGACCCAGUUUAAUCCUCAUUUUAAAAUUGGAAGCCUUCCUGUUGACAAUGCAGAUCCUAUUCUAAAAAUUCCUUUUGUUUCAAUAGCAUCCAAAUUAAAUUUGACUGACUUAAAUCAGUUACUCUAUCGCUGUGAUUCAGAAGAACAAGAAGAUGGUGGUGGUUGCUAUGAAAUACCAAACUGGUCACCUCUUAAAUAUGGAGGACUUCAAGGCUUAAUGUCCGUGUUAGCAGAAAUAAGACCAAAGAAUGACCUGGGUCAUCCUUUUUGUGAUAAUUUAAGGUCUGGAGAUUGGAUGAUUGAUUAUGUCAGUAAUCGGCUAAUUUCACGCUCAGGAAUUAUUGCAGAAGUUGGUAAAUGGUUGCAAGCUAUGUUCUUCUACUUGAAGCAGAUUCCACGUUAUCUUAUCCCAUGUUAUUUCGAUGCUAUAUUAAUUGGUGUAUACACCACUCUUCUGGAUGUUGCAUGGAAUCAGAUGUCAAGCUUUGUUCAAAAUGGUUCAACAUUUGUAAAACAUCUUUCACUGGGUUCAGUUCAACUAUGUGGAGUAGGAAAGUUCCCCUCUCUUCCUCUUCUUUCUCCCUCACUGCCUGAUAUUCCAUACAGACUAAAUGAGGUAACCAGAGAGAAGGAGCAGUGUUGUGGUUCUUUAGCUGCUGGUUUACCUCAUUUUUCAUCUGGUAUUUUCCGCUGCUGGGGAAGGGAUACUUUUAUUGCUCUUAGAGGUUUACUCCUGAUUACUGGACGCUUUUUAGAUGCCAGGAAUAUAAUUUUAGCAUUUGCUGGUACCCUGAGACAUGGACUCAUUCCUAAUCUUCUUGGUGAAGGAACUUUUGCCAGGUUUAAUUGCCGAGAUGCUGUAUGGUGGUGGCUACAGUGUAUUCAGGAUUACUGCAAAAUUGUACCAAAUGGCACUGACAUUCUUAAGUGCCCAGUUUCCAGAAUGUAUCCUACAGAUGACUCUUCCCCUUUGCCAGCAGGCACAUUGGAUCAACCAUUAUAUGAAGUAAUACAAGAAGCUAUGCAACGUCACCUACAGGGUAUACAAUUCCGAGAAAGGAAUGCUGGCCCACAGAUAGAUAGAAACAUGAAGGAUGAAGGAUUUAAUAUAACUGCAGGAGUAGAUGAUCAAACAGGUUUUGUUUUUGGAGGAAAUCGCUUUAAUUGUGGUACAUGGAUGGAUAAAAUGGGGGAAAGUGACAAAGCUCGAAACAGAGGAAUUCCAGCCACCCCAAGAGAUGGUUCUGCUGUGGAAAUUGUUGGCCUAAGCAAAUCAGCUGUUCAUUGGUUGCUGGAGUUAUCAAAAAGGAAUUUGUUCCCUUAUCAUGCAAUUACAAUAAAAAGAAAUGGAAAAGAUGUAAAAAUCUCAUAUGAGGAGUGGAACCAAAAAAUACAAGACCACUUUGAAAAGUUGUUCCACGUUUCAGAAGACCCAUCAGAUCCUAAUGAAAAGCACCCUGAUCUAGUUCACAAACGUGGAAUAUACAAAGACAGUUUUGGAGCUUCAAGUCCUUGGUGUGACUACCAACUUAGGCCAAAUUUCACUAUAGCAAUGGUUGUAGCCCCUGAGCUCUUUACUCCAAAGAAAGCAUGGAAAGCUUUGGAAAUAGCAGAGAAAAAGUUACUUGGCACCUUAGGAAUGAAAACUUUGGACCCUGAUGACAUGGUUUACUGUGGAGUAUAUGAUAAUUCCUUAGAUAAUGAAAACUACAAUCUUGCUAGAGGUUUUAAUUAUCACCAAGGACCUGAAUGGCUAUGGCCGAUUGGAUACUUUCUUCGUGCAAAAUUAUAUUUUUCUAAGUUAAUGGGCCAAGAAACUUACUCACAGACAGUGUUUUUGGUUAAAAAUAUUCUUUCUCGUCAUUAUGUACAUCUGGAGAGAUCCCCUUGGAAGGGCCUUCCUGAGCUGACAAAUGAGAAUGGACAGUACUGUCCUUUCAGCUGUGAAACACAAGCUUGGUCAAUUGCUGCUAUUCUUGAGGUUCUUUUUGACUUGUAGUUGAUUUUUGGCAGUUUCAUAAAGUAUAUACUCAUUAUGUAACUACCCAUAGUUUGCACACUCUCAGUUUAUUUAAUAAUAACAGCACAUCCCACUAGUAUUGUAGUGCCUAUUUAAGUAAAGUUUGUAAUUCAGUUCAAUUUAACCAGUACUUAUUAAGCACAUGAUGCACCUAUCAUGUGCAAAGCACUGUGCUAAUGUUCAAUGAAAGCAUUAGUUUUGUAAAUGUAGAUGAGUUGAUUUACAUUAGAAGGGGGAAAUCAUUAUUACCUAUAAAGUAUUUAUUUUUACUUUAAAUUUAGAAAGUACUUUUCAACUUAUGGAAAUAUUAGAUGUAUAGAAAAAUAAUCAUGGUCUCAUUUCAUUUGUGCACAUACUAAACUUUUUAAAAAUAGACAAUUGUACUUAAAAGAAAUCGAAAAAGCAUUUUUUUCAGGGGUAUGUUCUUGUUUAGUAAUGCAUUCCAUAGGCUGUGGGCUUAUCAUUGUCCUCUCCAUCUGCAUUUUAUUUUCAAUUAAUAUUAAAUAAUUCCAUUUCAAACAUUUAAAUGCCUGCUAUGGCACUAUGCUAGGCAUUGAGCUUUUUUCACUGAAAAAAAUGCUAUUGCACAUUUGAUGCAGCUCUAUUAAAAACCUUUUUUCCCUUUCUUAAUGAUCUAUGCAGUAUCUGGGAUAAAAUUUGCAGCUAUUAAACUUACUUCCUAAGAUAAUCUUUAAAAUUUUCCUUCAUCUGUAGGCAAGGUAAAUUCCUUUAUAUUGCAUUCUAAGUAAUAUUGCAUGGUCCAAUAAAGGAAAAUAAAAGUCAAAUAAUGGAGAAAAUGAAGGACUCUUAAUUGGCCAUAUGUUUAGUGUAAAUGGUUGAGUACCAGUUAAAUAUAAAAGUAGUGACCAAAAUAAAAAAUACUUUUAAAUGGUCUCUUAUAGAACAUGAUACUUUUUCUUGGCAUCUAAACUCAGGAUAUAGAAAUAAUCAAUGGUUUUAGUUUAGAGUCCUAAUUUUGAGGAAAUUGUAACUCUUAAAACUUUAGCCUCCUGUUAAAAGAAGAAAUCCAUUUUAAGAGUAUAAGCUUUUGCAUAAAGUAGAUUCCUAACUUCAUGAAAUUUAUCAGUUUACAUAUUAUGUAAAAAAUUCUGUUGGUCAGUUUUACAGGGUACUUUUUUCCAUUAAAUAUAUUUCAAUAUUGACUAGUUUUAGCCUUGUGAACAGUUUUAAAAGGAAAAAAGUUCAUAGUCUUGAAAAAAAGUAUUUGUAAACACGUUUUGCACAUAAUUUAUUUUAAUGUUUUAAUCUGUAAAAUUAUGUAGGAAGUAUGGAAGAAAAUUGUUUUACUUUACCGAUUUUAUACUCUUUUCCACUAAAAGUAUGAAUUGUGAAUCAUGCCAUUAAUAUCCUAAAAUGGAAAACUUUUCUUAGAUCGAUUUUUAAUUUUAAACAUUAAUAUGAAAGAAUAAUCUUAAAGAAAUCUCAUGUUUUUGUUAGGCAUACAAAUAAGGAAUAUCAAAAGUUAAUUAUUUCCACAAAUAAUAUGCAUAAUUUUUAAAUGUCAAAAGUGAUGAAUAAUGAGUUAGCUAGAAUUGUACUUUUAGUGGCGUUGGCUUCAGAGACAAAUAUAAUUGUUACAUGCAUGCACAUUUAAGGAGAAAUAGAAGCUAUACUUUGUAAUGGCUGGGAAGAUUAUUAGUUUGAGAAAUAGUAACAGGAAAAAUAUUGCACUUAUACUUUGUGACAAACUUCACCACAAAAUAAUUUUCUGCAAUCAAAUUACUAAAUGAUUUAUGACCUAAUUGUCAUUUGUAAUGUUUUCCUGGUAUUAAUCAUAGUUGGUUAACAUAUUGUCCCCAUUAACCAAAGAGUAACCAUUGUCAUAUUAGGACUAAUGAAAUAUUAGUAAAGCGACAUUUCACUUAUCCAGGAUUUCUUAGGAACCUAAACUGAAAUAAAGGGAGGAAAAAAGUCAGUAGCCACAAAGGCUCAUGUAUAUCAUUCAUAGAAAAACCCUUAAGCUACUCAGCACACAGAGAACUUAGUCUUUACACAUGACUCUAAAAAGCUUGUUUAUCUGGUUUCUCAGUUUGGCAGAGUUUAAAAUUUAAUGUGUUUCAGGAAACAUUUAUUGCAGUCCCUGCCUUCAUAAAGCUUACAGCUUAUAAAGGUAAAUUAGAAAAGUCCAAGGAGGGUAACAGUGAGUCAAAAAAAGUGGGGAAAAAAAAGUUUGGAUAACUCAAAAAACAAAGUUGGUUAAAGCAAGCAGCUUUACAAUAAUACCAUUAUAUUAAAUAAGAAAAGGUUUAACAUAUUUUGAAGAAAUGUUCAUUUAAAGUGGUUAAAAUGAAAACUUUGUCACUUUUAAAAGUAAAAGCUUUGGUUUUCUGGAAAAUUCACAAUACCUCAUUUCCCAAUGACAACUGUAUGAAGUGUUACUUUAGACUAUUUUAAGAAGCUAUAAUAAUUCUGUGCCUUUGUCAUGUAUCAUCCUAAUGAUGCUACUCUUUAAAUUAAUAGAAGGGACUUUGCCAUGUUACAAUAUUAUAAACAUUUUAAUAUGCAUUUAUCUUUUUAAUAGCAUCAGAAACUGUUGAACAAAGAAAAAUCAUUAACUGUAUGUCAUAAUAUAAAAGUGAUUAUUAGAAGUAUGCUGUAUGUUUUCACUAAUUACUAUACUGUAUUUGGAAAAACUGUCCUUUCAGUUGUCUGUGUGUGUGUAAUAAAUAAAACCCUCCCCAAAGAA